AUGGCAGAAGGCGUAACCUCAGUCCUUGGUGAGGGAUCUCCACACCGAGCGAGGAGGGCAUCUCUGAAGAUCCUAAGCCGCAAUAUUGGGAAUGUAGUUCUCGGCAAUCUUUUAUUCGACACAUGGUAUUACUCGCCGUACCCUGAUAAUAUCAUUCUGGGGCCGCACCAUCAUGCUACCAAACACAUUACCAGCACCGCCACCACUUCGGAUCUGAGGAACGGAAGUGUGAAUACCCACGACCUGAACAAGAACGAACCGCUAUGUCGUCGACUGUACGUAUGUCCGACAUGCUUUCGCUACACGCCCGUCGAGCGUGACUAUCUACAGCAUCUGCACCAUCAUCAAGCACGUCGCGAACAAGGUCUGGAGACACAACCGGUGCCCGAGAGCGCAUUCAAAGUGUACGAAUUCGAAGGCUACACAGUGUGGGAAGUUGACGGCGACAAAGAAAAGCUCUACUGCCAGAACAUCUCGCUUUUUGGGAAGCUCUUUCUUGAACAAAAGAGCGUCUUCUUCGAUACCAGUGGUUUCAAAUAUUAUGCAUUGACCUACACGCCACCGGAGCCCGUCGUGUUGCCGCCGACCAAAGGUCGGGGCCGCAAGAGAAGUUCGUCGGUGCUCGAUGAUGACCUCAUCGAUCGGACCCAAGUUCUGGGAUUCUUCUCCAAGGAGGAUCUCUCAUGGGAUUCGAAUAACUUGGCUUGCAUUCUCAUCUUUCCACCAUUUCAGCAUCGUCAGUUGGGCCAGUUACUCAUGGCUGUAUCAUACAAACUCAGUGGAUGGGAAUGGGAAGGAGGGGUGAUAGGGGGGCCAGAAAAACCUCUCAGUGCGAUGGGCCGCAAGAGCUACCUGAGAUUUUGGUCAGAGCGGAUUGCUCGGUUUGUCAUGGGACAAACCGCCGACGCUGACGCAAAGCGAGUUUUCCACAAGGCACGAAAGAAGGCAGUCAAUCCAAGGAAAGAAGAAAUGACGGUCAGGGAGAUUGGCGAACGCACUGGCAUGUUGGGAGAAGAUGUUGUCGCAGCGCUCACAGAGAUGGGGAUAUGCGCUCCACUUGUGCCCAAACGGAAGAAAAAGAUUUCAAGCGAAAUGAACGGUAUCACGGCGGUGCAGGGAGAGGGGGAAUCCGAAGAAGUAAUGACGAUGAUCGUCCAGAGGUCCAAGGUGGUGGAAUGGGCGGAGAAAAAUGGAGUUGAAUUGACCAACGUCGUGCGAGAGGAAGGAUUUCUUGGGGAGUGGGCUCUGAGUGAUCUGGAGGAAUCCGGCAGCAACGGCAGUGGGGAGUCGUCCAGAAACAACGACGAUAAUAAGGAUGCUACUCCGAGCGAAAGCUAG